AUGAACAAUAUGUCUGAACCUGACCUUUAUGACUUCAUGAGAAGUCGCAAUAUUAAAGAUGAUAUUAUAAGAACAUUGAUAGAGGAAAAGAUAGAUUCCCAAACUAUCAUUCACAUGUCAGAAGAGGAAUUGACAAAGUUUGUGCCGCUGUAUGGGGAUCGCAAAGCAAUAAUAGCGUUUAGCAGGGACAGAAAAGACACGUCUUGUGAAAAGAAAAAGAAGACAAAGACGUCGUUAAUGAAAAAACUUCGGGCAAAAGUGAAUGCAAUAAAGGGAGGGGCCUCUUAUAGUAGUGGAGAUGAGGAUGAGGAUGAAAAAGAUGUACGUAGUUCUUUAAGUAAGAAACUGAAAGGCAACAAGAACGCAGAAAAAAAGAAACGUCUUGUGGAUCUAAGCUGUUUCCAUCAUGACGGUGAUGCAUAUCACCCAGAUACGAGGAAACAAGGGCGGUGGCCCUAA